AUGGUCGCUUGGACCAGCAACACCUUCUCUUCGCUUCCUGAAGUAGUCAAUCCCCCUCGUACUGAUCGGAGCAGCGCCUAUGGAAAGCAAGUAGCAGGCGGAGAAGAGAAGCAGACGUCAGAGCCUUACGUCCACAAGGAGUCUGUCUGGAUUCACAAUCCAAACGAGCAACAGCACGAGCAAGGAGGAGCCGAUAUACACUCCAAAGCCAAUGAUGAGGAGGGCCUCCAACGAAAGCGACGUCGAAAGACCUUGAUAUGGGGAUGUAGCGUGAUCUCGAUCCUGAUUCUGCUGGGUAUUGGCCUUGGUGUUGGAGUUACGAUGGGACUUCAGUCAGAUGAGUCUUCACACGCCGCCUCGAACAGGACGAGGCUGUCGGAUUCCCCUGCCUCAAGGCCAAACGACACUUCAUCUGCGCCUUCGGGGAGCAAAGGCGCGGUCGAACGAUCCGGGCUCGCAGCGUGUGUCCUGAAGUCACAACUACAUCUCGCAUGGCCGACGCAGCUUCAAACGAACCAAAGCAAUCUUCUACUGUUCUUUCAGCACAGCAGCGGCGAGAUUCGGGUGUUGCAGAACAAGAUACCAGAAGGCUGGACUGGGGGCUCUUCAAAGGACAUCAUCGCCGACGAUGCGAAGCAGGGCACACCGAUCGCAAUCCGCUGCCCGGGAGGCGCUGGGGAUGUUGCAGGGUUGCACGUCUUUUACAUCAACAAAGAGAACCUUCUACGGCAACGCAGCAUCACCAACCUCACGUACGUAUGGUCAGACGGGCCUCUGAAUGAUCUCAAGGUCCGCGCCCUUGAUUCAGCUCACGUUGGCCUGACGGCGGGCUUCUAUGCUGGACCCAUAGGCGACGUCAAUCUGGAGGGGACGAAACCAUACAGCGGCAUGCGGGUCUUGGUCGGGACGGGUGACACCACGUUCAACCAGUACUCGUGGCGUCCAGGUCUGACGCAGUGGCAUUACGAUCAGAAUUGGGAGGACAUGAAUGGAGAAGCUGCUCCCGCAAUGUUUGCUUGGGGCAGAGGUCAGACCACCUAUAUCAACUUCAUCGACCAGAAGAACGAUGUUGCGACGUACUGGAUGGACACGGCGAUGAAAAAAGCUAGCACUGAUGCACAUCGUAUCAACGUUUGGACAAAGUCAUCCAUCAACAUCCCAAACCUCGACUCAUCCGCCGGCCUAUCCUACCACGGCAACCUCUUCGGCCGCGUUGCCGAUAGUGGCAAGAUUCAAGGAUGGAACAUGACGUACGAGGCAGAGAAUUCCACCAUCGGUUCAACCACGCUGUCUGAAGUGGCCGGUCCGCCAGGCUCACCGGAUACCAGAGUCGCGGCGAUGACGUAUCCGCCUGCUGGACGUUAUGAUACCAUUUUCGUGUUCUACCAAGCGAACGGGAAUGAGAUCGUGAUGUCCACGGGCGAUGUAGCGUCGGGCGCUUGGAACAGUACGACGUUGCCUGUGCCUGAUUUAUGA